AUGAAGACAUCCUUUGAUAUUCCGUUCUAUGCAACUGAUUUGCCUUGCCCUCUCCCCACUGAUGCCGAAAUCGAGAGUGCUCCAGACAUUUCUAUGGAAUAUGGAGGGCGAAGAAUCGUUGGAGUUGGCCAGCAUUUUGUUGUGAAAUAUGGGCUCGGCGUCAGUCUCAUGGAAGGAGAAAACAUGUUAUUUGUUCGGGCAAAUACAAAAAUUCCUGUGCCGCGGGUCUUCGCUCUCUAUUCAGACCCAAAAACUGGCCAAAAUUUCAUUGUCAUGGAGCGCAUUGUCGGUCAGACACUUCUUUCAGCAUGGCCGCGACUUACAAUAUCGGACAAACAAGAGAUACUAAGUGACCUGCGGAAGUACUUUGACGAGUUACGCCAGCUUCCAUCCCCAAAGUACUUUGGCAGUGUCGGCAAAAGAGAGCUCCUGGACGAGAUCUUUUGGACACAAGAACCAGAUCCGUUAGUGAAUGGCCCGUUUGAUUCUGAAGAGGAUCUCAACGAAGCAAUGAUGCGAAAGUAUACCUACAACGGAGGCCCACUCUACAGAGCGGAGUAUCUUCGAAAAUGCUUUCCUCUCAUUUUUAAGGGCCACGAGCCGACAUUCACUCACGGUGAUUUGCAACGGAAAAAUAUUAUUAUCCUAGAGAAAAGCCAUCGAGACAAUGAAGGAACACGCCUCGUGAUAAUUGAUUGGGAAAAAUCCGGGUGGUAUCCUGCGUACUGGGAAUAUUGCUUGGCUGUUUGUGCUUUACGAUGGGAUGACGACUGGUCCCUUUGGAUUGACAGUACCCUAACGCCCUUUAUUUCCGAGGCUGCAUGGUUUCAGGCACUACGCUUAGAAUUAUGGUCAUAG